CAAUGUCACGUUCUGUAGACACCUAACAAACGUUUGUCUAUACAAUAAGUUUUACAUUAUAUCAAUUAAUAUAUAUUUUAGCAAAAAAAAAAUACUCACAUUGUUUUCUUAGUGAAUAAUCUAAGUUGUAGACUGAAGUGUAAAGCAAAUAGGUAAUCGAUCGAGCAGGACAAACCUCCAAACAAUCCAACAACUGACAAUGUCAUCCAAUCAUGUAAUCAAUUUUGGUGCUGGUCCCGCAAAACUACCCAGACAAGUAUUGGAACAAGCCAGAGAUGAAAUUUUAAACUGUGGUUGUGGUCUAAGUGUAAUGGAAUUAAGUCAUCGAUCGGCUGAAUAUGCAGUAAUAAACAAUCGGGUCAUUGAAUCUGUCAGACAACUCUUAAAUGUGCCUUCCAAUUACAAAAUAUUAUUAAUGCAAGGUGGUGGCACCGGUGCUUUUGCUUCUGUUCCUUUGAACUUAAUGCAUCGGGGUGAAAAAGCAGACUUUAUAUUGACUGGCGAAUGGUCUACAAAAGCCGCUAAAGAAACUUCAAAGUACAUGAAAGUAAAUUAUGUUUUCCCGAAACCAGAAAAAUUUGAAAAGAUUCCAGAUCAGUCAACAUGGAAAUUAGAUCCAGAAGCUGCUUUUGUUUACUAUUGUGACAACGAAACUGUGAAUGGCAUUGAAUUUCCUUUUAUCCCUGAAACUAACGGUGUACCGUUAGUAUGUGAUAUGUCGUCCAACAUAAUGACUAGAAAGUUUAAUGUUAGCAAGUUUGGUAUUGUGUUUGCAUGUGCUCAAAAAAAUUUAGGACCUGCUGGUAUCACUGUGAUAAUAAUCCGCGAUGAUUUAAUUGGACAUCCUAGUCCUAUUUGCCCUAUGGUAUUCAAUUAUACACUAUUUGCUCAUGAUGAUUCCUUAGUUAAUACACCACCUACGUUUAUUGUAUACAUGCUGUCGUUGGUAUUGAAAUGGAUUAAAGAACAAGGAGGAGUUGGUAGUAUGGAAGAACAAUCAAAAACUAAAAGCCAACUUUUGUACAAAACCAUCGAAGACUCUAAGGGAUUUUAUUCUUGUCCCAUUGAUAGUGCAUAUAGGAGUCGUGUGACAGUUCCUUUCCGGUUGUCUACCGGGCCUGAAGCUGAUAAGCAGUUUUUGAAAGAAUCCCAAGAUAUUGGAUUUUUACAACUCAAAGGUCAUAGGUUAGUAGGAGGAAUUCGAGUCGCUAUGUACAAUGCCAUGACACUAGAUGAAGUAAAGGUUUUGACCGACUUCAUGAUUAAGUUCCAGGAACAACACCCCCAAUUUCAGCCCUGACUAUGUUUUCAUAAAAAAUUAAUUAGAUAAAAAUUUCUUUUUUAAUAGUCAUGUUUGUUUCUUAAAUAAUUUAACUUUGCAAUUUCAAGUGUACUCCAACAAAGUUAUUUCUGUCAAAUUUUGUAUUUUAUUUACGGGACAAUCCACGAAAUUCUAAAAAUGUACAAUUUUUCUCUAAAUAUUUUAUCUGUAUAAUAUCUUUAACGUAAUUUAUUUAUGUUCGCGUUUUAUAAGAAACUAUAUAAACGCGGGAUUUUUUAUAGAUUGGUUGUGAACAAAUAUGGUUUUGUUAAGAAUUACAUAAAACAAUUAGAAAAACAGUAAAAAUAAAUUUUUAAAUAAUUUCAUAUAAUAAGUAUGCCUUAUUUAAGUAAGUUAUAGAGAUAAAUCGAUGUAAUGGAUAAAUAGAGGUUGGAAAUUUGAAUAAGUCACCUUGGAUUUUGUCUUGGUUUUUUUCGCUUUGUACCACUGAAGUUAUAAUACUAAUUCAUUAUUUGACUAUGUCAAGUACUUUUUAAGCAAAUUUAAUUAAAUCUUUCAUUCAAUGUAUAAAUAAACCAUUGUAACUUUUGUUAUUUUAGUAUCAUUAUAUGUAUUUUUGAAUA